AACGCUGUAACUGAGGUCGUUGAUGCUCUCGCUGGGGCCGGCUCAGCUACGCUCUCGAUGGCCUAUGCUGCCAACAGAUUCGCUCAUAUCCUUAUUCAAGGCAUGAAGGGUAAACCAGCGAAGGCCGCUGCUUAUAUCAACGAGCCGUACGAAGGUAUUGAUUACUUUGCCCACUACUGCGACUUUGGCCCCGAAGGUGUGUCCAAGAUCCACAAGCUGGAUCUCUCUCCUUUCGAAAAGUCGAGACUUCCCGAGACCAUUGAUAAGCUUCGUCAUGAUAUCCAUAGGGGCUUGGAGUUCAUGAGAAGACCGUCGCAGAUUAUCUUACAGUAG